ACAUUUUGGAUUUGUUCUUUCUAAAGACAUCUCCUUCUAUAUGGAUCAAGGUGCUAGUGAUGGUGAAGCUGAGAAAAGGCUUUUCUAACCACGGCCAGGAUGAAUCGGCUGCCAGAUGAUGCAGAAAAUGCUCAGAACAGCAGUCGGGGCUCCUGCCCUUCCUUGCAGGAUGUCCAUUCCAUCAACCCAGCCCAGCUGAUGGCAAGGAUUGAGUCCUAUGAAGGAAGAGAGAAGAAAGGCAUAUCAGAUGUCAGAAGGACUUUCUGUUUGUUUGUUACCUUUGACCUUUUAUUCGUAACCUUGCUGUGGAUAAUAGAGUUAAAUGUAAAUGGAGGCAUUGAGACUACUUUAGAGAAGGAGGUCCUGCAGUAUGACUACCGUUCUUCAUAUUUUGAUAUAUUUCUACUGGCAGUCUUUCGAUUUAACGUCUUAAUACUUGCAUAUGCAAUGUGCAGACUGCGCCAUUGGUGGGCAAUAGCUUUCACAACAGCAGUGACCAGUGCCUUUUUAUUAGCAAAAGUAAUUCUCUCAAAGUUGUUUUCCCAAGGUGCUUUUGGCUAUGUGCUGCCCAUUAUAUCCUUCAUACUUGCCUGGAUAGAAACCUGGUUCCUAGAUUUUAAAGUAUUACCACAAGAAGCAGAAGAAGAAAACAGGCUCUUGCUAGUACAAGAUGUGUCUGAGCGAGCAGCUCUUCUUCAGCCUGGACUCCCCUCUGAAGGACAAUUUUAUUCUCCUCCUGAAUCUGCAGCAGGAUCUGAUGAAGAAUCUGAAGAAAAACAAGAUAGUGAAAAACCAAUUGUAUAGCAAAUAUGAGCGAUAACAGAAUGAAAAUCUGAAUCAAAAGUCUCUAGGGAAAUGCUUAUAUUGAAAAUGUAAUGACAGUGUCUGCAGUUGACUUACUGGCGGAACUGCUAACAAAAGAAUUUAUUUAUUAGCAAAGGGAAAUGAUUCCCCUGUACUGUAAUACCUCACAAACUUGUUCACAUAUAUAUAUUAGACUGCCUUAUGGCAGUUAUGAAAAAUUAGUCAUCCUUGUUGUAUUCAAUGAUUCUUGAAAUUGAUUUAACAACUAGUUAGCUACUGGAAAGUGUUGUGCUUGUGUAACUAAUCAGUAGACCCAAUAAUAUAUUGAAGUAACACUGUAUGAUGGAAAUAUAUUUAAUGAUUGUUUGAAUUCACUAGAUAAAAUUAUUUUACUUUGUUAAUAUUUGUCCUGUUCAUUUUUACAUUUUCUUUUUUAAACUCCAUGCAUUUUUAAUGUACUUAUGCACUGUUUGUAAAAUAAAGAAAAACGUUAAUAAAAACAAUGUGCCACAUUGUGACAUAUUUGUCCCUUCUCCUGGUAGUAGGAAGACCUGCUUUUCCAAAUUCCUUGUCUCUCACUGGGGAAACAAAUUAUCUUAUUGACUUUAUUGUAUAGAUUUUAUGGAACAGACAUAUAAAGUUAAUUUAUUCCUGCCUGUUCUGAUAGACUAGAGUGGUGAACUGUAAUUUAAUUUAUAAUGUGAAUCCUGUUUAUUCAGUUGGGAGAUGAAUACAGAAUUUAUUCUAAUAAAUAUUUUGGACCAAGUUUUCAGUGCAAAUGAUAAACUGUUUUUGUGAAGAGUUUCAGGAAAUGAGCUGCCACAAUAAUGUGGUUUGUGGGAGGGUGCAAACUAAUCUACUUUAAAAUCAGGUUUAGCAAAUGAAAACUAUUCACACUCCUUAAGCAUCCUUCAUGAUGGUCAGAUUACAAGCCAGUCAUUAAAUACUAACAACAGUCUGCUUCAUAAAUUAUAUUUUCAAUAUAGUAUAAAGAACAGAGACUAUUAGGAGAAUUUAUUAUCUUUCAAAUUUGAAGUCCCUGUUGCCCGAAACUGGCUGGCUCUACUGCCACUUAUCUCGGCUGGGCUCUGCUGCUGGCUGCCAGUUCCCUGCUACUGGCCCCAGACAAGCUCUGCUUCCCUCAGCCGGGCUCUGCUGGCCUCAGCAAGGCUCCAUUGCUAGCUGCCAGCUCUCUGCCCCAGCCACCGGCUGCUGAUCUCCGGCACCUGGCUCUUGAACUCCAGUCCCAUCCCUGCCUGGCUUUAUAGUCCAACCACAUCUGUGAUCCUGCUGCAUCAGUUUUUCCUAUGAGUGUUCCAACCCUGGAGCUCCCAUGGGACCCUGACGAUGCAGGACUGCAGAUGUUGCUGGACCUCUUAGUCUGAAACUCUGGUCCAACCUAUAAUAGUUUCCAAACCUAGCCACAUGUUACCAAGCAAAAAACCAAAGUGAAACAGUAACUUUUUUCACAGCUCUGUAACAGCCAUUAGCAAAUUAUAUUUUCUCCAGAGUUGCAUGAGGCAUGUGAGGGUGCAAAACAGUCCAUGGAUAGUUGUCCUAACAUGUCUCAGGGUGCUUUGAUAGUGAACAUUGCAUUAGUCAGGCUCUCUGGUCAAGAAUCUUAAUUGUGCUUGAAUGGCAGAAGUUCCACAUGUUUCCUUCAGAUUGUGAUUGCCGUGUCAUUUUUCUAGCAUUUUUAGCAACGGUUUUGCUGUUCUAUAAUCAAUGUGUGGUGGCUAGAAUCUGUAAAUUCACAUUUCUUUGUAACUUUUGACCUACUUGAAUGUGGAUUAUUAUUCUGGCACUGUACCGUGUGUAUGGUUACAGUACGAUAGGACACUUGCCUUCACAACUGAGGAGAUGGGUAACUCCUGAAUGGUAUUCACCUCACUAGACAAAAUCUAACUUUGUGUAAUACCUACAUCGUAGUAAGCAAGAACAUCAGUGCAUGUAGCUUUCCUAAAUCCUCCAAAUCUUGCAAUAGUAACCUGUGUAUAUUAAUGUACUUCCAACAGACUGUAGAUUAAACUGCACUAUUUCUACAAAUGCUGUGGUAGUAAGCUGAAGUUUUACUGUACUCUGUACAUGUAACUCAGGCAGAUCUUUGUAUUUCCAUUAGCUUGCUGUGGCUUGUAAGUACCUAUUUGGUGAGGUGCAGGACUGAUUGUGGUUAAACUGUCCUUGUUAUCAUAUGCACCAUCACAGCCUAACUUUUCCGAAACAGCAGUGACUGGCUUAGUUUACAAAAUUUUCCACUAAAUAACCACAUAGCAAACAAAAUAACUCAAGCCUCAAAACUAAUACUUAAACCAACCCCUGGUUCCCAUGUUCAGCAUGUAAAAGUGCAGCAGCAGGUCACCUUACAUGCUAAUGAGCCAGUGCAGCUGUUAAAUUUGCUACCACAGACUGAUAAACCUCAGUGGUUGGCUAUACUAAGGGCUGUGGGUAAGCAAAGGACUUUGCAAAAGAAGCUUAAAAACAUAAAAGCUGUAGCUGCUUGUGCAAAGCUCCAAGAAAAACAAAUGGUGGGGGCAAAAUUAGCCCUACAAAUCUAAUUAUUUCAAUCUAAUUCAUUUUUAGAAGUAGCCCCUCUUCUUGCUAUGAUGUUCAGAGUGUUGUGCAAAAUAAAAUCAUAGUACAAAAUAAGUCUCAAUAGUAAGUAGUCAAGCAUGAAACACAUAUUUUUCUUCAAUCUCAGGCCUGAUUCUCAGCUGCAAAUUUAUGAUAAUUUAUAUCAGCUGUGGAUCUGGGAUGAUCAGAGCAAAGUUCAUAUAUUAACCUUUUAGGAUUGUAUGGUGUCUUGUGCUCAGGACUGCCAACAGCAGCAAUAGAGGUGUGUUUCAUUUUGUUUUUCUCCAAAAUAUAUGUACUUGAAUCUUUUGUAAUAGUUUUGUAGGUAUUCAUUUUCUCUUAAGCAGAGCAAGCUAGCCACUUUAAAUGCCAAUAUGUUUGAAGAUUUUCUAAGCUAAGAUGUUGUCUGCUGAAUAAGGGCCAGUUUCCCAACUUCAGAUUGAAUAGUAUGUAGAAUCCUAAUCUUGUUGAUUUUUAUUGACUAAAUUACUCUAAAAGGAGUGGGAAUAGCAGCAUUUGGUGCAAAGUACUUAGUUUUCCUAUAUAUGUGUAAUCCUUUGAACACAGAAUUUAUUUUAGUUACUGUAUUUUUUCCACUUCCCUGUUUGGUAGAAAACUUUAUUUUUAAGGAGGAACCUCCUAUGUAUGACUUUGCAAAUAACACAACUGUUUGCUUUAAAGAAUUUUAACCUCUUAAAAAGUAAACAAGUAUGCAGAACAUGCCUAAUUUAUAAGUUGAAUGUUUUUACAGGAUGUGGAAUACUAAGAAAAUAGCUGCACAAGUUAUUAAAGUAAAAUUUACUGCUAAUUGUGCAUUUGUGUAAAAUACUGCUAAUAUGAGUGGAUCUGUCCUAUGUGGAUCCUGCAAGCAUUCAGGGCCCAAUAUGCUUGUACUUGUGCUAAUAAUUUACCCAUCUUUGGACAAUUUUAAAAACUGAUAAAUAUUCAUGAUUUGUGGACUAAGAAGCAUCAAAAUUGCAGACUUUGGAGAUGUGGAAGAGUUUAGAGUGGUAUCGGAGAACUUUCCUUUAUUGGUUAAGAAUGAUCAGUUUGAACUUACAGUAUGAUUUUGAAGAGAGUAUUUCAUUUUUUAAAAUAUUUCAGGCAUAUACUGAAGAGGGCAUAUCCAGUUAAGUUUGUAUUUCAUUCAUUGUAACUUUUAUGUUUUUAAAAGAUAAAAUGGAAGUAUGCCAUAUAUGAGGCAAGACUAAGUAUUCACCUUUUACCAUUCUCUUCCAGGAUUGUAUACAUCUUCCUUGAAAAACUUGUUUUUAAAUUGUUAGAUUUCCCUUAAAUAAAUACAUUGGACAGAA